AUGGCUCCCGACUUGUUCUCUUUCUCCAAUCGCGUCGCGCUCAUCACCGGAGGGGGCUCAGGAAUUGGUGCGUAUGUCGCCAAAGGUCUCGCAGAAACGGGCGCAUCCCGUGUCUACAUCAUUGGCAGGCGCGUGGCAGGCGUCGAGGCCACCACGCAGGCCGCACCCAACGUGAUUAUCCCGAUCGUGGGGGACGUGGGUACGAGCGAAGGAUGCAGGAAGAUCGUCGAAGCAUUCGAAGGAGGAGAGAAGAAGGCGGGCAUAGAUGCGGCAGACAUUAGGCUCGACUUGCUGUUUAACAACGCGGGGAUCGCGCACGAGGAAGGAGCGUGGGGACCGGGAGCUACGCCAGAGCAAGUGCGCGACGCGCUGCUGAAGGCGUCCGACACGGAUUGGGCGCAUGAGUUCGCUGUCAACGUCUCGUCUGUGCAGUGGAUGUCGGCUCUCCUUCUCCCGCACCUCGUCCGAGCGUCCAAACAGAAUAACGGCGCGCGCGACGGACGCGGGUGCAUCGUUAUUAAUUCCUCUGUGUCCGCGUUCUAUUACUCUUCGCCGGUGCAUGUCUAUGCAGCGAGCAAAGCAGCAGCACACAGUGUGACGCAGAGCCUCGCGUCCAAGUUCACGCGCUUGGGCGUGCGCGUGAACAGCAUCGCACCUGCGAACGUGCCGUCGGAGAUGAACAACCCGGACGAUCCGCGGAGUUUCAUCUCACAGAGGCGGGAUGUGAUCCCGAUCGGCCGGAUUGGGAGCGGAGAGGAUGUAGUAGGUACGGUACUUUAUCUGGCGUCGCGGGCCGGUAGCUAUAUUUCAGGGACGGUAAUUCUGGUAAGUGAAGGUCAAGAUACAUUUGUGAAGGUAGACUCAUCUUCAAUCAGGUAG